AACGACGCCUGCAAGUGCAAUGGCUGGAAGAACCCCAACCCCCCCACAGCCCCCCGCAUGGACCUGCAGCAGCCAGUGACCAACCUGAGCGAGCCCUGCCGGAGCUGUGGCCACACGCUGGCGGACCACGUGUCCCACCUGGAGAACGUCUCAGAGGAGGAGAUCAACCGUCUGCUGGGCAUGGUGGUGGAUGUGGAGAACCUCUUCAUGUCCGUGCACAAGGAAGAGGACACGGACACCAAGCAGGUGUAUUUCUACCUGUUCAAGCUGCUGCGAAAGUGCAUCCUGCAGAUGAGCCAGCCUGUGGUCGAGGGGUCCCUGGGGAGCCCUCCCUUUGAGAAACCAAACAUUGAGCAGGGAGUCCUGAACUUUGUGCAGUACAAGUUCAGCCACUUGCCGCCCAAGGAGCGCCAGACCAUGUACGAGCUCUCCAAGAUGUUCCUGCUCUGCCUCAACUACUGGAAGCUGGAAACGCCGUCACAGUUCCGGCAGCGCUCCCAGAAUGACGACGUGGCCACCUACAAAGUCAACUACACCAGGUGGCUGUGUUACUGCCAUGUGCCACAGAGCUGUGACAGCCUGCCCCGCUACGAGACCACCCACGUCUUCGGGCGCAGCCUCCUUAAGUCCAUCUUCACAGUCACCCGCCGGCAGCUGCUGGAGAAGUUCCGUGUGGAGAAGGACAAGCUGGUGCCAGAGAAGCGGACGCUGAUCCUCACCCACUUCCCCAAGUUCCUCUCCAUGCUGGAGGAGGAGAUCUACGGCGAGAACUCUCCGAUCUGGGAGGCCGAUUUCACGGUGCCAGCCACAGAGGGUGCCCAGCUGGUGUCUCGCCCAGCUGCGGUCAGCACUGUUGCCGUGCCCACCACUCCGCUCUUCAGCAAGAAGCUCAGCAGCAGCAGCUCAGCUGCCAGCCUGGAUGCCAGUGCACCGGAGCCCCUGCCAGGGGAGAAGCGGAAGCUGCCCGAGAGCCUGACACUGGAGGAUGCCAAGCGGAUCCGUGUCAUGGGAGACAUCCCCAUGGAGCUGGUGAACGAGGUCAUGCUGACCAUCACGGACCCCGCUGCCAUGCUGGGCCCCGAGACCAGCCUGCUGUCGGCCAACGCGGCGCGGGACGAGACGGCGCGGCUGGAGGAGCGGCGCGGCAUCAUCGAGUUCCACGUCAUCGGCAACUCCCUCUCUCAGAAGUCCAACAAGAAGAUCCUGAUGUGGCUGGUGGGGCUGCAGAACGUCUUCUCGCACCAGCUGCCCCGCAUGCCCAAGGAGUACAUCACUCGCCUCGUCUUUGACCCGAAGCACAAGACCCUGGCACUGAUCAAGGAUGGCCGAGUGAUCGGGGGGAUCUGCUUCCGCAUGUUCCCCACCCAGGGCUUCACGGAGAUUGUCUUCUGUGCUGUCACCUCCAACGAGCAAGUGAAGGGCUAUGGGACGCACCUGAUGAACCACCUGAAGGAGUACCACAUCAAGCACAACAUCCUCUACUUCCUCACCUAUGCAGACGAGUACGCCAUCGGCUACUUCAAAAAGCAGGGCUUUUCCAAGGACAUCAAGGUCCCCAAGAGCCGCUACCUGGGCUACAUCAAGGACUAUGAGGGGGCAACCCUGAUGGAGUGUGAGCUGAACCCUCGCAUCCCCUACACCGAGCUCUCCCACAUCAUCAAGAAGCAGAAGGAGAUCAUCAAGAAGCUGAUAGAGAGGAAACAGGCACAGAUCCGCAAGGUCUACCCAGGCCUCACCUGCUUCAAGGAAGGUGUGCGGCAGAUCCCCAUCGAGAGCGUCCCCGGCAUCCGAGAAACAGGAUGGAAACCACUGGGGAAGGAGAAGGGGAAGGAGCUGAAGGACCCGGACCAACUCUACAACACUCUGAAGAACCUCCUGGCCCAGAUCAAGACCCACCCCAGUGCAUGGCCCUUCAUGGAGCCAGUGAAGAAGUCAGAGGCACCAGACUACUAUGAAAUCAUCCGCUUCCCCAUCGACCUGAAGACCAUGACCGAGCGCCUGAAGAACCGCUACUAUGUCACCAAGAAGCUGUUCAUCGCUGACCUGCAGCGCAUCAUCACUAACUGCCGCGAGUACAACCCGCCCGACAGCGACUACUGCAAGUGUGCCAACACCCUGGAGAAGUUCUUCUACUUCAAACUCAAGGAGGGGGGGCUCAUCGACAAGUAGGGGGGCUGGCCUGGACCUGCCAUGGCCACCAGCCACCCAAUGGGAGGGACAGGGCUCCUGUGGGACCCACCCCACUCCAUGGGCAAGAGCUGCUGGAGGAACUGGUGCUGCUGAGCAGCCUGGGGAGCUGGACCUUCCUUUCUGGGGGGUGAGGGGGCCAGUGGGGCUGGUGCUUUUAACUUUGAGAUGCUCUGGCUGCCUCUUGUAGGGAGCAGGGUUGAGGCUGGAGCUACCUCAUCAGGAUCUUCCUGGAGCAGGGGCAGCACUGAGUUCCUGCCUCAGCCUGGGGUGUAGGACCCCCCCGACCCUGGCGUGUCCCCCCUCCCUGGGGUCGUGCCUUCUGCCCUGGCUCCCUGUGACAGGGUAGGGGCACACAAGUGCUUUGGUUUCCGCUCCGUCCACGCACAGGCAGCCCCUGCCCUUGUGUUGAAUGUACGGCGGGGUCAGCCCUGUGCCUGGGCUGCCCGCAGCGGUGCUGCUCCUGGGCC